ACCAAAGCUGUGUAUCAGUAUCCUAAGAAGAUUUAAACGCCUUCUCCUUCUCAAAAUUCCAUAUUGAAAUCUUUCAUUUCAGAGAAAUAACAAGAUGAUCAGUGCUAAGAAGCUCAUCAAAUUGGCUAGGAAAUGGCAGAAGCUUGGUGCCAUCAAGCACAAGAAGAUAGCAUUGCCUAGGAUGUCUCAAGAAGUUGACACAAAUGAUUGCAGCACAUCAUCAUUCGUUGAGAAAGGUCAUUUUGUGGUGUAUAGUGCAGAUCAGAAACGCUUCAUGCUUCCUCUAGAAUAUCUUAAGAAGGAAAUUGUCAGACAGUUAUUCAAACUGGCAGAAGAAGAGUUUGGAGUUCCAAGCAAUGGACCUCUAAUACUGCCUUGUGAUGCAGUCUUUUUGCAGUAUGUAAUUUCUUUGAUCAAACUGCAACUGACCAAAGAUGUAGAAAAAGCAUUCCUCACAUCCAUAGCCAGUGGCCAUUGCUCAUCAUCUUCAUGUCUACACCAAGAAUCAAGAAAUCAACCAUCAUUAAUUUGCAGCUUCUAAAGCUACUUGUAGUCAAAUUUUGUAAUGAUACACUAUUUUACACUGAUUCUACAGGGAAAACGAAUUAAUUCUCCCCACAUUUGUUUCUCUUUGAAAAUCUGUUGACAGUAUAUCGUUGCUUUACAAA